UGUCCCAAAGACUACCAUAUGUUGCGAUGAUAUCGUUGUUUGCGAUUGUGUUUCUGUUAAUAAGGGAAACACAAGCGGAGAGCUAUAGCUCCACAAACUUUGAGGACAAGUUAGGCAUCGCUUAUGAAUUCAAAAUACAUAUCGACGCCGGAAAGGAAGACUGUUUCUACCAAUACAUCCAACCCUCGUCUUCUCUAUACGUGGCCUUUCAGGUGAUGAGAGGUGGUGAUAACCAAGCUGGUUUUGCCAUACGGGACCCAACGGGACAGUUUAUACUGCCCUACCAAUGGAAAGCACACGCCGAGUACGACGAGGCCGCUGUCCGCACACCCGGUUAUUAUUCAUUAUGUAUUGAUAACACUGCCUCUCGGUUUGCGGCCAAACUGGUCAGUCUAUAUGUGGCCUCAUUUAAACGCGACGAAUGGGAAUCUUAUAUCCAGGAGUUGACCGACGCUGAGGUGACGGUCGGAAACUUUACCAACUCUUUGCGAAACGUGGACAACAAUAUCGGACAAAUGAUCAAGAGUUUAGACCACUCGCGAAGAGUCAAUUCCGCCGAUUGGUAUCUCGUGGACGGCAAUAACAGAUAUGUCCAGAACUGGUCUGUGGUUCAGUGCAUUGUAAUCGUAAUCUCAGCUGUGGUUCAGGUGUUGUUCGUGAAGAAGUUAUUUGCCUCGAAGGACACACAGUUCGCAGGCAAACCUCGGGCCUAACCGACCAACACUUCCGCCAAUAAUUGGGUGCAAAAAAUGAAAUGUUUUUAUAAGUAAUAUAUUUAUUGAAUGUUAUGAUCGAGUGAUUGAAUUAUUUCAUAAAUUUAGAUAAGAUUUGCUGUUAAUUAUGUCUCAAUUGUUUUGAUAAACUUUUUUAAAACUUAAUAUUUAUGGUAUAAAUGUAUGGAGUCUUCGAAACCAUUCCUUAAACACUGUCUGCCUAUCAUUCAAACCAAAUCCCAAUUGAAUGGGAAAUGAUCUGAAAAACUCAUUUAUAAGAAACUGAAACUC